AUUUUUUUUCUGGGGGAGGCAUUGGUUAUGCACUUAAGUAACUUUUAUGCAACCUCUACUCAGUUUCAGUGUGCCGCUUUACACGCCUACGUGAUAUUUUCAAUAGUGCGCAAAAGACAAACCGUGCGCAAAAAAUAGACGGAUAAGAAAGCGUGGUAAACGGCAGCUUCCGCGAUGAUGGGGCCGCUCGCCGUUGCUUUAAAACGGCUGUUUGUUUUUCUUUUUAGAGAAGCGACACAACUGCAGGUACAGUGCGACUUCGCAGACUGACUUCCAGAAUCCGACGUCGCCUUUAGAGCCCCUUCACGCGCUGCCAGAUGGUCCGCUACGCUACCAUCGUGGUGCUGAUCGCACUUGCUGCCUGCAGCUUUGCGCAGCGAGAGAAAAGUCGCCGUCUGUCCGGCUGUUGCACAGCGGUGUCCAGCGCCCGCAUUCCCUAUACAAUCACUGGCUACCGGCACCAGAAGGCCAUGGGUCUCUGCGUGGAGGCCAUCGUGUUUCAGACAAAUAAGGGAAGAUUUUGCUCCAACCCAAAAGCUCUCUGGGUUGCCAAGAAAAUCAAAGAUUUCUAAGGGUUACCGGUUGAACAAGGGCCCAAACAAUCAAAUGAACUCAUGGAAAAUGACCCAUAAAAGUGGCUGUUUUGUUGAAAUUGUAGAAGGAAUGUUUUAGAAAACCUUUUCAUUUGAUUCACAGUAACCUUGUACAACUCAGCUGAUUCUCUGUUGUGGAUUUUAUACGCGUGACAUGAGUAUUAAUAUCUGCCUGCAUUAUCUACUGAAACCGUAAUCAUCAGCUUACUUAUCCAGAAGCUUAGCAUCUUAUAGACAGCUUGCAUUUGUUUAAUUAGAUUCUACUCAACUUAGAGCUGGGUUGCCAACUGUUGCACAUCUGGCGUGACAGUCACACUUUCAGAUUAUCACGCCCACGCAAGAAAUCUAUAUUAUUCCAUUAUAAACCUAAUUUUAUCUACAUCAAAAGUGUUUGAGUAGUUUGCAAACCCCAGACAGUAUUUACAAGACAAUAGAACUAUUACACACAUGCAAAUGUGUGCACAGAUUGAAAAUCUCACGCCAGCCAGUUGACAAGCGAUGACAACCCUGCUUACAGAUCCGUAUUGACAUAAUUUGAACUUAUCAGCACAAUACAAACCAUAUUAAGCAACUAAUAAAAAUGCCCCUUGCACUGUCAGUAUAGUGAAUGCACCAAGCAUACUUUUCACCUCCUUCGUCCACAGCAGUUAAUUAAUAAUAAACUUUCAAACUGCU